UUCCCUCUUUCUUUCUCUCUCUCCCUCCCUCUCCCUCUCCCUCUCUUUUUCCUUCUCUUUCUCUCUCUCUCUCCUUGUGACAUCCGUUCAUUCUAAAAUAAUGAAAGGAGAAUCUUCAGCCCGGUGGCGGCUUUUCCAGGGCUUCCUUCCUUAGAUGGAUCUUGUGUCUGGGAUAGAAAUCCUUUCCCUUCCCUGUGUUCCCGGCGGCUUUUCCUGCUCGGAUCCCCAGAGGAGCCCAGGAGAAGGGAGACCUGAGAGGGGGAGGCCCCAGGAGGUGAUGUCAUGCAGCCAGAAGUGGGCGGGGCUUCGGAGGGAAGCCCAUUUCCCCCGUGGGCGGGGCGGUGCAGGCCGACCUGUCCAGGUCUCACUAUAUCUCCACUUUCCUGUGCCUCUCAGGCACCUUCUGAUCUUUCCUAUGGGUUUUUCACGUGUUCUUUCAGCUUCCAGGCCCAGCUUAAAGAUCGCUGUCUCCUCUCCUCACCUUGACAGGACCUGCAUGUUGUGAUUUUUGGAGUCCCACCACCCCUAAACCCUAAACCUCAACAGUGGUACUGGAGCAAUUUCUGACUCUUCUGCCUUCGGAGGUCCAGACUUUGGUGCAGGAACGUCAUCUAAAGAGUGGCAAGGAGGCAGAAAUCUUAGCAGAAGAUUUGCAGAGACCUUCUAGGAAAUUGGAAUAUUGGACACUUCUGCUUCUGUGAUAUUACCAUCUCCGGCUGCUUCCUCUGGCUGACUUUUCCCUCUCCUUAACAUAAAUGGUGUCUACUUGGACUCUGGAGGCAGAAGUGGCUGAAAGCCUAGCUUCUGAUGAAUUCAUGAAAGUAUCAGGACACAUGACUACCAACUCCUGCUUCUUUAUUUCUCCCGCCCCCAACUCUUUGGUGUUUGCCAUUGUGAGAGAGAAGCUACUCUUACUGGGGACCAGUUCAUGACAGAGAGACAGAGCUUAACCCCCAGAGUCAAGGACCAUCUGGAGUGAAGUCAUCCUCUGAGGUGAACAAUGGCUUCAGCCUCAGGCUGCCAGGUACAAGUUCCACAGAAAAACUCCACCAGGGGUCAGAAAACUGCCCUUCAGGUGGGAGGAACAGCUGACUCGGAAACCUUCCGUCAGCAUUUCAGGCAGUUCUGCUAUCAAGAGGUGGCUGGGCCCCAUGAAGCUUUUAGUACGCUCUGGGAACUUUGUUGUAGGUGGCUGAGGCCCAAGACGAACUCAAAAGAACAAAUCUUGGAAAUGCUGGUGCUGGAGCAGUUCCUGACCAUCCUGCCUGGGGAGAUCCAGGUCCAGGUGAGGGAGCAUCAUCCAGAAAAUGGAGAGGAGGCUGUGGCGCUCGUUGAGGAUUUGCAAAAAGAGACUGAGAGACCAGAACAGCAGUUUCCAGUCAGUGUGCAAAACCCAGAAGUGCUUGUAGAGAAGAUAGUACCUAUGGGAAUAACACAGGAGUCCAUGAGCUACCAGCUAAAGCAAGAGGAGAACCGGCAGGAGGAAGAUCCGUCAAAGAAUGCAGCAUGGAGCCGUCAUCAGCGACCACAGGAACAGUCAGGCUAUGAACAGGAGCCUCAACUCAGACCAGAGACAACCAGGGUUACUCCCCAGGUUUCAGCCUUUCCCCGGGAGAGAAGGAAGAGAAACCAGGAGAUGGAAGCUGUAAUCCUUACAACUGGGUUUCAGGAACCAGUCACAUGUGAGGAUGUGACCAUGUCCUUCUCCCCGGAAGAGUGGAGGUGUUUGAAUUCUGCUCAGAGGGUCCUCUACCGGGGUAUCGUGCAGGAGAAUUACAGAAAUGUGGAUUCAGUGGGACUUGCCAAACCUCUUCUGAUCUCUCGGGUGGAACAUGGAAAAGAUACAUGUAUUCCAGAUCUUCAGGGUUGCAAGGAAACAGAGGUCCUAAGUAGCUCCUGUACAAAUGAGAACCGAGUACAGACUGAUGAGAAACAAGCAAAAAGGGAAGAAAAACACGGGGGAGACCAGAAGCAACAGUGGGACUUGGAGGAUGAAAAAAUCACAGGUUUAGAAAUCAAGAAUGAGAUCAAAAAGGAGGAUCUAAAAUGGGAAUAUUCAGAAGAAGAGCAACUGAGCAGAACAAUACCGGGAAGAUUUAAUCGACAGAUUUUCCAGUAUCCUGUUCUGAAAGAAGCCUGUGAGACUGUGAGCAAGUUAAGAAAACAGCUUAUGAAUUUUCCACGAGAGAGACAAGGGAAACCAGCUUUCCAGGAGAGAGAUUUAAUGAAGAAACUAGGUCAACAGAAACUCUCUGUUGGAGAAAAACACUAUAAACAACUGGCAUGUGGAAAUAGCUUUUCUCAAAAUUCCCACAAGUCAACCCCUGAAUUAGAAAAGACUACUAAAUGUCAUGAGUGUGGAAAAAGUUUUAGCCGUGGUUCUUAUCUUGUUAGGCAUCAGAGAAUCCAUACAGGUGAAAAACCCCACAAAUGCAAUGAAUGUGGGAAAAGUUUCAGUGAGCGUUCCAACCUCACUGCCCAUCUGAGGACCCAUACUGGAGAGAGGCCCUACAAGUGUGGUGAGUGUGGGAAAAGCUUUAAUCAGAGCUCAAGCCUCAUUGUCCACCAGAGAACCCACACGGGAGAAAAGCCAUAUCAGUGUAACGAGUGUGGGAAAAGGUUCAACAAUAGCUCCCAGUUUAGUGCUCAUCGGCGAGCUCACACUGGGGAGAGUCCAUAUAAAUGUAGGGAGUGCGGGAAAAGUUUCAACAAUAGUUCCCACUUCAAUGCCCAUCAGAGAACACACACUGGUGAGAAGCCCUAUGAAUGUUCUCAGUGUGGGAAAAGCUUCAGUAAGAGCUCUGCCCUUACUAGACACCAGGGAGUUCAUAUGAGAGAGAAGUUUCUGAUUCAGUCAAGGCUUAAUGUACUUGAGAGAAAUGUAUCAUAAAUAGAUGAUGCUUGGGGGAAAGGAUGACAGAGACUUCUUAAAUCACAGCUUACUAACAGGUGUUUGUUAAGGUUUUCUUAACACUUACUGAGGCGGAUCCAUAUCCUAAGAACUAUCUGUUGCUGGCUUUGUAGAGUUCAGGAAGAGAAUCAAGAAACCUGGAUCAAACUUCUCAGCUCUGACUAAAUCUGCCCUAUUGUUACAUAGUUUCACUCUUAGUAAGGCAAAGAAAUGCGAUCCAUGAAUUCAGCCUUGGAAUAGUCCCUUCUUUCUGUGAUCCCACAAGCACUUAAAGAUGUGCAGACAGAUGAAUGGAGGUGGAAAGUGUUUCAGAUCUAGUCUUGGUGGGUCUUUUUUUUUUUUAGAUUUAGAACUAUGAUUCCAUCAGUGUAUGGAAUCCCUAAUGUGUAAAAUCCUUUCACCAGUACAGAUAAGUAAGUUACAUUUAACUUAGAAUCUUAGAAAUUGUUUGGGGCACUAAAAGAUUGUGACUUGCCCACAGUAACUCAAUUGAGUCAGGGAUAUGACUUGAACCCAGGCCUUUCUAACUCCAAGGCCAGGAUAUGUGGAAUCACAUAUCCUUCAGGUAGGGGUAGUUAAUACUGUAGCAUAUUUCCUCCUGCUGUGAAUAUGCAUUCAGAAUUAAGCCAUAGGUAACCAGUACUUCAGUUUUAGGUGCCUGAGGAUCUUUGGCACUGUGAUCUAUUGAGCAAAAAGAGAGAUGUUCACAAUUGCAUAGAAGGAAUAGAAAAAUAUCACCAAUAAAGUGGGUGGAAUAGGGGUCAAGCCAAUGUAGAAUGACUUGGUCUUCGAAUAUAUGUAAUAUUUGGGUUUGCCUUUUUAAAAACUGACGUGAAGUAAAAUGUAACGAUCUCAUAUUUUGUCCCAGUUCUAGCCUGUCAGUUAAGAACGUGACUAUUAGAAAUUGGCUUGCCUUUCCUUCAACAAAUAUUUGUACUAGUUUGUAAACAUUACUGUUUCUGAUGAAAAUAAAAGUCUCUCCCAACCCCUUUUA